GGCAGCGGGCACUCGCAGCCUGGUUCCCCCCGAGCGGAGCUGCGGGGCCGGGCCGGGCCGGGGCGGACCCCGGGAUCCCGGACGCGGCCGCCCGGGCCCGCGGGCGGGGGGAUUGGCAGGGGACCCGCGUGGGCACAGCCACCAUGGAGUUCCGGCAGGAGGAGUUUCGAAAGCUGGCGGGGCGCGCCCUGGGGAGGCUGCACCGGUUACUGGAGAAGCGGCAGGAAGGCGCGGAGACACUGGAGCUGAGCGCCGAUGGGCGCCCGGUGACCACGCACACGCGGGACCCGCCUGUGGUGGACUGCACCUGCUUUGGCCUCCCUCGCCGCUACAUCAUCGCCAUCAUGAGCGGUCUGGGUUUCUGCAUCAGCUUUGGCAUCCGCUGCAACCUGGGCGUGGCCAUCGUGUCCAUGGUCAACAACAGCACGACCCACCGUGGGGGCCACGUGGUGGUGCAGAAAGCCCAGUUCAACUGGGAUCCAGAGACCGUCGGCCUCAUACAUGGCUCCUUUUUCUGGGGAUACAUUGUCACUCAGAUUCCUGGAGGAUUCAUCUGCCAAAAAUUUGCAGCCAACAGGGUUUUUGGCUUUGCCAUUGUGGCUACCUCCACCCUAAACAUGUUGAUCCCCUCAGCAGCCCGGGUUCACUAUGGCUGUGUCAUCUUCGUGAGGAUCCUUCAGGGAUUGGUGGAGGGGGUCACAUACCCUGCUUGCCACGGCAUCUGGAGCAAAUGGGCCCCUCCCUUAGAACGGAGUCGGCUGGCGACAACAGCCUUCUGCGGUUCCUAUGCCGGGGCAGUAGUUGCCAUGCCCCUGGCUGGGGUCCUGGUGCAGUAUUCAGGAUGGAGUUCUGUCUUCUAUGUGUAUGGCAGCUUCGGGAUCUUUUGGUACCUGUUCUGGUUGCUUGUCUCCUAUGAGUCACCCGCACUGCACCCCAGCAUCUCCGAGGAGGAGCGGAAAUACAUCGAGGACGCCAUCGGGGAGAGCGCCAAACUCAUGAAUCCUGUUACGAAGUUCAACACACCCUGGAGGCGCUUCUUCACGUCCAUGCCCGUCUACGCCAUCAUCGUCGCCAACUUCUGCCGCAGCUGGACCUUCUACCUGCUGCUAAUCUCCCAGCCCGCCUACUUUGAAGAAGUGUUCGGCUUUGAGAUCAGCAAGGUGGGGCUGGUGUCGGCGCUGCCUCACCUUGUCAUGACCAUCAUCGUACCCAUCGGAGGCCAGAUCGCCGACUUUCUGCGCAGUCGUCACAUAAUGUCCACGACCAAUGUGCGAAAGCUCAUGAACUGCGGGGGUUUCGGGAUGGAAGCUACGCUGCUGCUGGUGGUCGGAUACUCACACUCCAAGGGCGUGGCCAUCUCCUUCCUGGUCUUGGCUGUGGGCUUCAGUGGCUUUGCCAUCUCUGGGUUUAACGUGAACCACUUGGACAUCGCCCCUCGCUAUGCCAGCAUCUUGAUGGGCAUUUCCAAUGGCGUGGGCACACUGUCUGGGAUGGUGUGCCCCAUCAUCGUGGGUGCAAUGACCAAGCACAAGACGCGCGAGGAGUGGCAGUACGUGUUCCUCAUCGCCUCCCUGGUGCACUACGGCGGCGUCAUCUUCUACGGGGUCUUCGCCUCCGGAGAGAAGCAGCCGUGGGCGGAGCCGGAGGAGAUGAGCGAGGAGAAGUGUGGCUUCGUCGGCCACGACCAGCUGGCGGGCAGCGACGACAGCGACAUGGAGGACGAGGCCGAGCCCCCGGGGGCGCCGCCCGCGCCGCCUCCGUCCUACGGGGCCACGCACAGCACCGUGCAGCCUCCGCGGCCGCCGCCCCCGGUCCGGGACUUCUGACCGCGCCCCGUGCACCUCCGGCCGAGCGAUGCAAGUCUUCCCUCGUCCCCAGUGCUGUCCGGCCAGCCCUCUCCUCUCUACUGCCCCUUGCGGGGGUGAAGCUGCACACUAGCAGUUUCGAGGAUCCCCCAACACCCCUGAAAGUUGUUCUCCGCUUGUUCUGCCUGUGUGGUUUCCACGCUCCCCCUCCAGGGCUGUAUUUGGAUGGACAGUUCAGCCUCUUUCUCUCUUGUGGUUUUGAGGUUUCAGCCCCUUUCCCAAGACCCCAGGGAUUCUCAGGCUACCCCGAGAUUAUUCAGGUGGUCCCCUAUUAGUUCCAAGGCUCGCCUCACCAUUCUGCAUUUUCCAAGUUGGUCUAACCAACCAUCAGUGCCGCCAUUCCCAGGACUGAUUCUCACCAGCGUUUCCGAGGGGAAAUGGCGGUUUCAAGUCCCCCCCUCCCCCCCAAUUCUUCUCUAGUCCCCUCACCAGCACACUUUUCCGGGCCUUGUCCUUAGCUUAGUACAAUCACUGUCCGUCCGGGGAGAUGGCCGAGAUGGCUCUGCUCACCCUGUGCUCUUUUUCUGACUCAGUUUUCAGGUCGCAGUAGUGGCUGCUCAAAGCUAUUAAUUCAGAGGCUGGGGCCACCUCCUCCUCCCCGCGGUGGCUUCAGGAUUCCCCUUCUCCCCCCAAAUCCUUGCACUUUACUCUCCUGGGCGGCCCAGACUGCCCUCGGUUUCUCAGUGGCCAUGUGUUGUGUCCCUCAGGGGCUAAGUGAUUCCAAAUCUUCCGGGGUGCUCCCCUCAUAGACACCCCUCUUUCAAGGUAGAAAUCUGGGGGGUGUGUACGGGAGGAUCCCAGGGAAGGGAGCGGGCUGGGAGCACGGGGCUGUCCUGGGGCAGGGUCGUGUCUUGGUGUCUGUCUCUGUGACGUAAACCCUGCCCUGCCCCACCCCACUCCCAAUAAACGCUUUGGGGUACAGA